AUGCCUCUGUCUACCCACUUUGCAUAUUCGCAACUCCAUAUACACGUCUACACUCGCCGCACGCAUAUCAUGAGCAAGCACUCUGUUCCUAAUCUCGCUUUCAAAUGUAUCGACGCUGGCCGAAUCCAAUUGCUCGACGUACUUGGCGCUGGUGGUCAUGGCACAAUCUACCGUGCUCGCGAUCUCUCGUCGUCUCUCGCACAUCCCAUCUUCUACGCCGUCAAGGUGCUUCAUAUCUGCAACAUCGAGACACAAGGCGGCAUCUACCAGUCUCGCGAGGUCCACCUUCAGCACUGCGUCUCGGACCACCCAAACAUCCUCACCUUACACCGCGUCGUGCGGGACGCCCAUUACCUCUAUAUUGUGCUGGACUACUGCCCUGGAGGCGAUAUGUUCGGCAUAGUCUCACGCAAGAAUCUCUUCGCUAGAAACGAUGAGCUCAUUCGCAGUCUCUUCUUACAGCUCAUCGAUGCUGUGCACGCAUGCCACCAGAGAGGCAUCUACCAUCGUGAUCUAAAACCCGAAAAUAUACUUGUCAGCCGAGAUCUCACUCAGCUUUAUGUUGCCGACUUCGGACUUGCUACCAAAACUCGUCACAGCAUAACGUUUGGCGCUGGAACUACCCUCUACAUGAGCCCUGAGUGCCUCAAUGCUGACUCACACGCGAAAUCAUACGACACUCGACGCGGCGAUGUCUGGGCUCUCGGCGUCAUAUUCACAAACAUGGUGUCUGGACGCAGUCCUUGGAAGCGUGCGACACUUGACGACAAGUGUUAUCGUUAUUUCUUGGACGAUCCGGACUUCUUGCGCAAGAUGUUACCGAUCUCUGAGAGCACACACCGCAUCCUUCAUGCAAUCUUUACCUCCGACCCCGGUGCCGCCAUCGAAUUACCCGCUUUACGCCAACUCGUGGAGAACACUGACACGUUCUACAUGAGCCAGGAAGAGAUUGCCGCCAGCAACGAACACGUGCAGUCUGCAUGGGAAUCGUAUCGCUCUCCGAAUUCGCCCCUUAUGAAAGACGAUUCAGACGAUUCAGACGAAUGGACGACUUCGGAGUCUAGCUUGAGUUCGCUGGAAGACGACUCGGAUGACUCAGACGAACACAGCGACGGUGUCGAGUCGCAAUCAUUACUCAACGUGGAGGAGGGACACUCCGUUGGCGCUUGUGAUCGGAAGUCUUCUCCACACGGCUUAGGUGACGAUGGUGCGUUGGAGGCUCACAAGCCACAUGGAACGGAUCAAUUCCUUCCUCGCCGUAUUCGCACCGUUGUUGGGUUGCCUCAGGAAGAAGACACAACUUCGUCAUCCUCUGGAUUCUGCGACAUAUCGAGCUCCGACGACGAUAGCGACAUUCUAAUCACUCCGGAAAUGCACGAACCGGCUGACGUAGCUCCAAAGUCUCGUAACGGAAGUCUUGGCGGAGUGUAUUCUCGCCCACCGAUCGGUCGAUUGGGGAAAAUUCAAUGCUCUGAGGUGGGAGUGCAGCCGUUGCGCCGACUGGUGGACCGGUUCAUCAUUGAUUGA